UCCAGAUGUGUGCACAUAAAGCAGCAUUAAAUAUUGGUCAUAAAUAGGCCAUCUGGUUCAUUGUUGUGCUACGAAGACUUGCAUGCAGGCGGAUACAAGUAGGUCCAUACGCAGCUGGGCUUUCUUGGUGGCAUUAGGAUGGUCAUCGCAUUAUAUUGUUUGAAGAGAGGAGAGAGCGAGAGGGAGGAAGCUGGAGAGCUAGAGAGCAAACACGACCUGGAGACGAAGAGACAUCUCAACAGGGAGGGUUGGAGUGGAAGGGAGCGGUGAGCAGUGCGUAUCACAGUAAGCAACACAGAGAGAGAGGGAGAAGAGAGAGUGCGUGAGCUAGCUAGUGAGCAAAGCUUUCUAAUUCCCUCUCGUAAGCGUGCCUCAUUCAGAAAAACCCCCGGAUACGAUGAAAAGAUAGGUUUCAAUGCAGAUUCUGUAAAAGACACGUCUGGUAGUGGUGGUCACAGUCGAGAUGGGAUCAGACCAAGCGCAAGGUGGAAACAAAGAAGAGUAACGAAGAGAAGUGAGCCAGCUUCCCAGCUGAAAUGUGUUGCCGCGGGAAACGCAAUGUUCUACUCCAGCGUUUAAGACCAAACUAAUCGUCAUUUUGCAAACCUGCAGUUACUGUUAUCUCUUUUGCUUCUUUAAUGUGCUAUUGUCCGUAAAACCCUUUUAUCCUUCUGGGAACCCAGCGUGCCCAGUUAACAAUUCAAGACUCCUCAUUGGAAGGCAGAGCAUGCAACUGCACUGAGACGGAGACGGAGAAGAGAGCAAGAGAGUGAGAGAGAGCGAGGCUCCAGAAGAACGUUCAGCUCUCAGGCUCCACACUUGCCAUGGACUGCCGUGCUCCUCCUGCUGCAGCCCAACCCUCUACUCCACUCUAGUGGGAUCCCCUCCUCCUUGCCGGUGGCAUCCACCCUGCGAGUCAGCGCACAUCUGAUACCAUCCAUAGCCUCUGCUGGGUCCUCCAGCCCCCUCCCCCCACCCUCUCCCUUUCCCCAGAAAGAUGUCAGUAAGCCUGGCAACGGACAUCCAGCAGCAGGGAGAGAGUGGGCCGCUCACCGAGCCCUGUAGCCGAGGCAUGGGCUCCCCCCAACCUCAGGCCACCAAGGAUGGGAACGGGGAGGGCCUGGAGCCCGACGACGGCUCCCUGCACGAUGCACAGAGACGGGCGCCUAACCACAGCCAUAGCAGGAAAAGGCCUAAGUCCAAUGCCAAGCUGAAGCUGGUACGGAGUCUAGCGGUGUGUGAAGAGUCCUCGGGUCCAUUUUCUAGCGAUGGACUUCCAGAAUCGGAUAUCAUUCAGCUGCACAUCAGCUGUCCGUCCGACAAGGAAGAGGAGAAGUCCUCCAAGGAGGAGUAUGAAAACGAAGAGAAGGAUAAAAAGGACAAAACGCCACGCAAAAUGUUGUCCCGCGACUCCAGUCAAGAAUACACAGACUCCACUGGCAUCGAUGUCCAUGAGUUUCUGGUCAACACACUGAAAAACAAUCCCAGGGAUCGAAUGAUGCUGCUCAAACUAGAACAAGAUAUCCUGGAGUUUAUAAAUGAUGACAAUAACCAGUAUAAGAAGUUUCCCCAGAUGACCUCUUACCACCGCAUGCUGUUGCACCGGGUGGCCGCAUACUUUGGCAUGGACCACAAUGUGGACCAGACGGGCAAGGCUGUCAUCAUUAACAAGACGGGCAACACGCGCAUCCCAGAGCAAAGGUUUUCUGAGCACAUUAAGGAUGAGCGCAACAUUGACUUCCAGAAAAAGUUCAUCCUGAAGAGAGAUGACGCUAGUAUGGACAAGGACGAUAAUCAGAUCCGUGUUCCGCUGCAGGACGGGAGGCGCAGUAAGUCCAUCGAGGAGCGUGAGGAGGAGUAUCAGCGGGUACGAGACCGGAUCUUUGCCCGAGAAGUGUCUUUUUCUUUACAGUCCUCUCAAAAUGGCUACAUCAACGACAACAGACUUUCCACUGAGGGCUACUCCUCUCAAAAGAGGAGGCAGAUCUUUAGGGGGAACCGUGAGAGCUCGAGCCGGGCGUCCAGUAGCCGUCAGAGCAGCACGGACAGUGACAUGAAGUGCCUGGAGCCGCGGCCCUGGAGCAGCACCGACUCGGACAGCUCCAACCGCACGCUGCGGCCGCCCGUCACCAAGGCCAGCAGCUUCUCGGGCAUCUCCAUCCUCACCCGCGGAGACAGCCUGGGCAGCAACAAGAGCUCCCAGGGCAGCUGCCGGGGCUCGCGUUCGGGCCUGCCCCUGGUGAGUCCGGACCUGUGUCCCCCAAGCCAAGUUCCCCAGUCCAGCCGCAGCCUGCUCCCCUGCCCGCCACAGCCCCAGCCGCCUCACGCCCAGCCCCCACCACAGACCGCCCUGCUCCCCACCCCACAGCAGCACCCCAUGGGGAACCAUAUGAUUGCCCAGCCAGUGACGUCAAUGCAGCCCUCCCAGUCCGUCUCCUACUCCAGCCCAACCUGUCCCCAGGUCCUCCUGCCCGUCUCUCCUCCCCAGCAGUACACCAUGGGAGAGGAGCUGGCCCCCCAGUUCAGCCAGAUGACCCUGAGUCGGCAGGGCUCCAGCGAGAACCCAGAGGCUCCACCCAUGUAUCAGACGGCCCCGCCCACCGCCGUGCUCGCCCAGCACCCGCCCCCCCAGACCAGCUACAUCAUGGCCACCGCCGGGCCGGCCAUGGCCCCGCCGUCGGGCUACCAGCCCGCCACGGGGCACCCACACCCGCCGCCCCCGCCUCCUCCACCCUCCCAGCCCGUCAUGCAGGCCCCGCCCCCACCGCAGGGCUACAUGCAGCCCCCUCCGCCCCAGCAGAUCCAGGUGUCCUACUACCCUCCCGGUCAGUACCCCGGCACGGGCCAGCAGUACCGCGUACCCCAGCCCAUAGCCCACCAGGUGUCCUACCCUGCGCAGCGAACACAGCCCAUGCCGCAGCCUGCACAGCAGUCGGGGCUCCAGACCAUGAUGCCCAGCCAGCAGCCUAGCUACCAGGGCAUGAUGGGAGUCCAGCAGCCCCAGAACCCAGGCCUCAUCAACUCCCAGAGGGCCGGCAUGGGGGGACAAAUGCAGAGCAUGAUGGUCCAGUACCAGCAGAUGCCCUCGUAUCAGAUGGAGUCGGGUCUCCCUGCCUGCGUCCAGGUGUCCGUGGGGAAUGAGUCCCAGCAGGUGCAGCAGCAGUACCAGCAGCAGGUCAUGGUGCCCGUCAGCCAGUCUGUCCAGGGGCCCAUGCCUGUCUACUACAGCGUUAUCACCCCUACACAGCAGACCAGCACAAGUCCAUCAGUAGGCUACCUGCAGCCCCCCAGCACGGAGCAGUACCAGAUCACCCAGUCCCCGUCCCCAUGCAACCCACAGCAGAUCCAGCAGCAAUAUUCAGGAGUGCCAGCCCCCGGUCCAGGGGUGAUGGUCAUGCAGCUCAGUGUCCCCAAUGGACCGCAGCCUACCCAGAAUCCUCCUCUGGUCCAGUGGAAUCCGUGCAAGUACUACAGCAUAGAGCAGAGGCCCAGCAAGCCAGGGGAGCUCUACAAGCCUGAGAACCCUCAACAGGCCGGUACUCAGCUGGCCAACAGCCCCCUGGCCUCCCCCACCCAGUCGCCCGCCCCGUCCCCCUCCGGCAGCGUGAACAGUGUGUGCCCUGGCCUGGGACCCCUGCCUCUCAUCUCCCAGUUCUCUCGGCCCGGAGGACCAGCACAAGGGGACGGACGCUAUUCCCUGCUGGGCCAGCCCCUGCAGUACAGCCUCUGUCCCCCUCCGCUCAUGCACGGACAGCCCUCCUACAACUCCCAUCAGGGCCAAGGAGCCAUGAAACACGGAGCGAGAGGGAAGAAACAGACGCUGAAGUCUCAAUCAACAGAUCUUGGCACCACUGAUGUCGUGGUCAGCCGCGUGCUGGAGGUGACCGACCUCCCCGAGGGGAUCUCACGCCCCGAGGCCCAGAAGCUCUUCAACCAGCUCUCGCUGUGCGGCGCUAGGAUCCAGUGGCUUAAGGACCCCCAGGGGGGCCGUGGGGGGGCAGGGGACAACGGCAGCCACCCCCACCACCACCACCACCACCCCCACCCCCACCCCCACCCCCAGCAGCAGCACCACCACCACGACCCGGCCCACCUGUACACGGUGGUGGCGGUGUUCCCCAGCACCAUGGCCGCACAGAGCGCUUCCUUCAAACUCAACAACAGCGGCGGCGGCCUCUUCAAGCUGCGCGCCGCCAAAAAGAACUACGACCUCCGCGUUCUGGAGAGGGCCAGCUCCCAGUGAGCAGGGGAGGAGGAGGAGGAGGAG